CCUUCCACAUCUUCCAUCUUCACUUCUCUAACUUCCCUCCGGUCAGGGUUUCUUUCGUUUUGCUACUCUCGCUUAAUAUUGCUAUUGCUUCUUUCCGAAACUCUUCGCUUCAGCCGUUCUCUCAGAUUUCAAAGUCUCGAAAAUGUACAACUCAAUCACCGCCCUCACCCUCCUGGCCGGCUUCGCCGCCGCGGCCCCGAGACCCAUCAUCCCCUUCGUUACGGGGAACCCCAUUAUCGAGCUGAGCAAGAGCCCCGUCUCGGUCGUCACGGCCCGCCAGAACGCCUGUUUCGUCAUCGGCUCGACGACGUUGCCCGAGGAGGUUGCCGACAGCGUCACCGCCAUUGAGAACUCCAUUACCUGCGACACGUCCACCACCACUAUCAGCGGCGUGCCCGAUGUCACCUCGGGGAACGUCAAGUUCAGUGACAUCGACUUCUCGCAGUCGUCCCAGACGCCCCUCGAAUUCGCCUUGUCUACUUUCGCGACGGAGGACAACCUCGCCGAUAGCGAUCUCCAGACCUUCCAGGACCAGCUGAACGUCUACCUGGCCACCGAGGCCGGUAUCCGAAGUGUCGCCGGCAGUCUCGCAAUCAAGGUGCCCAAGUUCUUCUUGGAGAUGCAGAUCUCCCGUAUCCAGACCGCACAGGGCAACCCUCCCACGGCCGCCGGUCUACAGGUCGACCACCUUGUCGAGAAGGUCACCAAGAACGCUGCCUCAGAGGACCAAGCCCUCCUGGACCAGGUUACGGCUUUGGGUACGCAGACGUCUUAAGGAUUGCUGAGUUGCGGUCAGCGGAGUGGAGGUAAUUGUACAUGGGCAAUGCGACUCUAGGAACGAGCCGGUUAAUAUAACGUAGCGUCGUAGCCGACGAACGUCGAUGAACAAUGGACAAGAUGAAACCCAAAGAAA